GUCCCUCAUCCCUCACGAGUAUCUCACCUCCUCUAUAUAUCCUUCCUCAGCAUUCCAUCCAGAGUGAGCACAUCUCCGAUCCUUCCCUCCCUCCUUCUCUCUUUGCUCUCGAAUAAACACAUCAAAGGAAAAGGAAAAGAAAAAAUGGACAAACUUGUAAAAUGCGAUGCAAAUUAUGUGCCACUUACUCCCUUGACCUUCCUGAAAAGGGCUAGCUCUGUGUAUGCUAACCGUACUUCUGUCAUCUACGAGAAUACUCGUUUUACCUGGCUUCAAACAUACGAACGUUGCUGUCGCCUUGCUUCUUCCCUUCGCUCUCUGAACAUCGUCAAGAACGAUGUUGUCUCAGUGCUGGCUCCUAAUGUUCCAGCCAUGUACGAGAUGCAUUUUGCUGUUCCCAUGGCUGGUGCCGUUCUCAACACCAUCAACACCAGGCUUGAUGCUAAAACUGUUGCCACCAUUCUCAGGCACUCUGAGGCCAAGGUGUUGUUUGUGGACUGUCAGUAUGUGCCGCUGGCACGUGAGGCUCUCCGGAUGUUGAUGGGUGAUUCCCACGAGUCUAUUGCAGCCGCCGAGUCCUUAAUUCCACUGGUAAUUGUCAUAGAUGACAUAGACUCGCCCACUGGUGUCCGACUGGGCGAGUUGGAAUACGAGCAAUUAGUUCAUAUGGGCAAUCCAAGAUUUGUCCCUACUGAAAUCCAAGAAGAGUGGGAUCCUAUUUCGCUCAACUAUACAUCUGGCACCACAUCAGAACCCAAGGGCGUUGUUUACAGCCAUAGAGGCGCAUAUCUCAGCACAUUAAGCCUGCUUUUGGGGUGGGAAAUGGGGACUGAGCCUGUCUAUCUCUGGUCUCUCCCUAUGUUCCACUGCAAUGGUUGGACCUUUACCUGGGGUAUCGCAGCACGCGGUGGGACCAACAUCUGUCUACGCAACACCACUGCGUACGACGUGUACCGGAACAUAGCCUCUCACAAAGUGACACACAUGUGUUGCGCACCCAUUGUAUUCAACAUCCUCCUGGAGGCCAAGCCACACGAGCGCCGGGAGAUCGCUUCCCCCGUCCAAAUACUCACAGGCGGUGCGCCCCCACCGGCCUCACUGCUCGAGAAAAUGGAACUCCUAGGCUUCCAUGUAACGCAUGCUUACGGUCUCACGGAGGCCACCGGCCCAGCCCUGGUGUGCGAGUGGCAGGCCAGGUGGAACCAUCUGCCGCGAGAGCGUCAGGCAGGACUGAAGGCACGGCAGGGGAUCAGCAUAUUGACACUCGCCGAUGUAGAUGUGAAGAAUAUGGAAACCAUGGCAAGCGUACCGCGUGAUGGCAAGACUAUGGGGGAGAUUGUUUUACGAGGAAGUAGCAUCAUGAAAGGGUAUUUGAAGGACCCAGAGGCUACAAACAAGGCCUUCAAGAACGGAUGGUUCAUCACAGGAGACGUUGGUGUGAUACAUCCAGAUGGGUACCUGGAGAUCAAGGACAGAUCAAAGGAUGUCAUCAUAUCAGGGGGUGAAAACAUUAGCAGUGUUGAGUUGGAAUCGGUUCUGUACAGGCAUCCCAGAGUUCUGGAGGCAGCUGUAGUUGCAAUGCCUCACCCUCGCUGGGGAGAAAGUCCUUGUGCUUUUAUCGCGGUGAAAGAGAAUGCGGCAGGGAAAACAGAGGAUGUAAAGGACGCUGAUAUCAUUUCCUACUGCCGGAAAAAUCUUCCUACUUACAUGGUUCCAAAGAAGGUGGAAUUUCUUCAGCAGCUGCCAAAAACUUCAACCGGGAAAAUACAGAAAUUCCAACUAAGAGCUUUGGCGAAAAGUUUCCGUGUCCCCGAGAAUUCCACGAGCAAGAAAUCUACCCCAGUCAACAAGGAAACUCCCUUUUACCAACCUCAUGAGCAUAUGCUUGCUUUGUCCCGUCUUUGAGUGAUGAAACUAAAUUAAUUGUUAAUUAAUCCAAGCAAAUACUGGGAAUAAACUACGCUUGUACAUGUACACAGACCCACCGUGGAUUUGUCUUCUAUCUGCAGGCUGCUUGUCAAUGCCAUUGUCUGAGAAAUUAUUUGAUGGAAAUCUUCUUUCCCUGUA